AUGAAGAGGCAGAGGGGUUCCUCCGAGCGGAAACGGGCGCGGAUACCGACGGGGAAGGCCGGAGCCGAGAGUGGAUUUCUCAUGGAAGUGUGUGUUGAUUCUGUGGAGUCAGCUAUGAAUGCUGAACGAGGAGGAGCUGGUCGCAUUGAGUUAUGUUCUGGUUUGGUGGAGGGAGGAACCACACCUAGCAUGGGUGUCCUUCAAGUAGUGAAGCAGUGUGUCCAGAUCCCAGUUUUUGUGAUGAUUCGGCCACGUGGAGGUGAUUUUUUAUAUUCCGAUCGUGAAGCUGAAGUAAUGAAGACUGACAUUCGUCUUGCCAAGCUGUAUGGUGCAGAUGGUUUGGUAUUUGGGGCAUUGACUGAAGACGGACACAUUGACAAAGAGCUGUGCAUGUCCCUUGUGGCCAUCUGCCGUCCUCUGCCGGUCACUUUCCACCGAGCCUUUGACAUGGUUCGUGAUCCAGUGGUAGCACUGGAGACCCUCUUGACCCUGGGGUUUGAACGAGUGUUGACCAGUGGAUGUGACAGCUCCGCACUAGAAGGGCUGCCCCUAAUAAAGCGACUCAUCGAUCAGGCAAAAGGCAGGAUUGUGGUAAUGCCAGGGGGUGGUAUAACAGACAGAAACCUGCAAAGGAUCCUUGAAGGUUCAGGUGCUACCGAAUUCCACUGUUCUGCUCGGUCUGCUAGAGACUCAGGAAUGAAGUUUCGAAAUUCCUGUGUUUCCAUGGGAGCCUCAUUUUCUAAUUCAGAAUAUUCUCUGAAGGUAACAGAUGUGACCAAAGUUAGGACUUUGAAUGCCAUUGCAAAGAAUAGCUUGGUAUAG